UCAAUUUGAAUGAGUUACGUGUCGUUGGAUCUUUUAAUAACUCCACACUUCGUCCUGGAGUAUAUUAUCUCAGAGAUCUUGGUGUACAAGAAGCAUCGACAUAUUAUUUAUUUGGUCAAGAUUUUCAUAUAUCUGAGAGAAAUACCAAUUAUUUAAAUGGAUCAACAGAAUUCGAGAUUUAUGGCAAGAGGUUUACACAUUUAAUUAACAAAUACAUUCAGAUGAGCCUGAAUCAUCUCAAGAAGAUUAAAAUUGAAUAUGAACCAGAACAUCAGAACAUAAAAAAUAAACCACCAAACGAAAAUGUCAAAAACAGUAACAGAAUAUUCUGGAUAAACGAGAAUACUUUUGCAGGAAAAACAAACUUAGAAUUGCUUUUCUUUGACGGUAUAGAUAUUAGAAACCUCACCCCAAUUGUUUUCACCAGCUUAAUCAACUUAAAGACAUUAGGUUUCCAGAAUGUCGUUCUAGAGGAUUUCUCAUUCUUAAGAUCUGAGACUCUUCAAAAGAACUUGGAGAAGGUUUACCUGAAUAUCGAUCAGAAAGUGGAUAUGAAAUACUUUGAGCGUUACUCCAAAUUAAAAUACAUUUCUGCUAAUGAAUACGAACCCUAUGAGAAUUUAACAGCCAUAAUUUGCGCUGGUGUGCAGCGAAGCUGCAAAUUCACACUCGGAAUCAACGGAAUAAAGUGUCCUGCUGAAUGCGAGUGUAGAAUACAUAUGGGUCACAGUAUAAUUAGAAUGUAUAUUGUAAUAGAUUGUUCAAGAAGCCAACUUACAAAAAUUCCACAAUUGCCUAUUCCGAUUAUUCGAAAUACGUGCCUGAACUUCGGUGGAAAUGAUCUAGAGGAGCUCCCAAAAAACACAUUAAGUGGAUAUAAUGACAUUAAAAACUUAAAUGUAGGCGAUAAUAGAUUAACUAGUCUAACCAUUGAUCGGCUGCCAAAAAAUCUGCUUGCUUUGGACAUCAGUAACAAUGCCAUCCAAAAACUCGAUAAAGAUGUAAUAAAAUAUCUCUCGAACGUUGAUGAUUUCAAGCAGACGGGAAUUCAAUGGCUCGUCAAUUGUGAUGACAAUAUUAUGAUGGAGUUCCUGCACAAUAUUACCUAUCAAUUGAGACUUCACUGGAAGAUGCCUGAAGAUGCUAAUAGAAUUACCAGCAUAACACAGUCGUUGGGUCACGCUUCCCUGAGAAAACUUUAUUUGUUUGAGAACCAAAUAGUGGACUUUCCAUUCCACUUGAUUCCCAAGAACAUCACACAUUUGGAUCUUCGAAAAAACAAGUUGGAGGCUCUCGAUGAUCAGGUGGUCAAUUUCUUCAGAGACCGUGAGGGAAGCACCAAGCGGAAGAUCGAACUAUCGGGGAAUCCCUGGACAUGCGACUGCAGGGCAAAGUCCUUCCUUUCAUUUCUGAGGCAGAAGGAACCGCUGGAGUAUAUCGCCGCCCUGGAUCGUUGUAAUAUCUUCCCUUCAGGAACGUGUCCGGAGGAAUGCAUCUGCUGUUUGGAUAAUUCUACAGUGCCUUCAUUGAUUAUCGACUGCAAAUCCAAAGGACUCAAGGCAAUACCUCCAUUACCCACGCUGACAUCUGGACAAUCCACCCUUCACUUCGAAGGGAAUUUUCUCGAAGCUUUGCCAUCCAACUCCCUGCCCGGAUAUGCAAAGUUGGCACAUCUACACCUGGCCAACAAUCGACUAACUGAGAUCGACCAACUUCCUGAGAACAUAAUAACUCUCGACAUAAGAAACAAUAGCAUUUCGUUGCUGAACAAGCAGAUGCGGGACUUCUUCGACAAGAGAAUAGUCGCGGCCACCCAGCUGAAGCUCCUACUCUCUGGGAAUCCUUGGACUUGCACUUGCGAGGAGAAAGACUUCCUAUUCUUUGUGAGAAGUUCGCAGUACAUUGAAAAUCUAAAUGAUAUAUACUGCGGUAGAACUGGAAAGCUCCUGAAGCUAAUAGAUGAGAGCGAUCUAUGCCCUUCGGGCCUGGUGCACUAUGUGACUCUCACCAUUUCCUUCAUGAUAAUCAUCUCAACUAUAAACUUGAUUGUUUACUUCAAGCAGCCACUCCUGAUCUGGUUCUACGAGCACAAUUUAUGUAUGAGCCUCGCCGCCCAGCGGGAGUUCGAAAAACAGAAGAAGUUCGAUGCGUUUCUAUCAUUCACCCACAAGGACGAGGAGCUCAUCGAAGAGUUCGUGGAGAGACUGGAGAAUGGCGCGUACAAGUUCCGACUCUGCUUCUAUCUGCGCGACUGGCUCGUGGGGGUGCCCAUUCCCGAGUGCAUCAGCCAAUCUGUGAAGGACUCGAAGCGCGUCAUCAUCCUGAUGACGAACCACUUCCUGAAGUCGACUUGGGGGCGACUGGAGUUCCGCCUCGCUCUGCAUGCCACCUCCCAGGACCGAUGCAAGCGCCUCAUUGUGGUCCUCUACCCCGAAGUGGAGAACUUUGAUGAUCUCGACAGCGAACUGCGCUCCUACAUGGUGCUGAACACGUAUCUCAAGCGAGAUGACCCCAAUUUCUGGAACAAGCUAGUAUAUUCUAUGCCCCAUGUGAAUGUGCAACAAGAACCCGCUCCAGAGGCAAUAGAGCUGUCUGAGACUCUUAAAAAGAACUUGGAGAAUGUUUAUCUGAAAGCCGAUGAUAAUCGUGUGGAUAUGUAUAAGGUGGAUAUGAAAUACUUUGAGGGUUACUCCAAAUUAAAAUACAUUUUUGCUAAUGAAUACGAACCCUUCGAGAAUCUGACAGCCAUAAUUUGCUUUAGAGAGUAUGUUAAUGACUGCAAGUUCACUCUCGGAAUUAACGGAGUAAAGUGUCCUGAUAAAUGCGAGUGUGCAUAUUAUUGGAAUCCUAAUAAUUUAGAUAUAGACUGUUCAAGACGUCGACUUACGAAAAUUCCACAAUUGCCUAUUCCGAUUAUUGGAAAUACGAGUCUAAACUUCCGUGGAAAUUACCUAGAGGAGCUCCCAGAAAACACAUUAAGGGGAUAUAAUGGCCUGCAAAAAUUAAAUGUAUCCGAUAAUAGAUUAACGAGUCUUAGAAUGGAUCGACUGCCAAAAAAUCUGGUUGCUUUGGAUAUCAGUAACAAUGCCAUCCAAGCACUCGAUAAAGAUGUAAUAAAAUAUCUCUCAAAUAUUAAGGAUUUCAAGCAGACGGGAAUUAAAUGGCUCGUCAAUUGUGAUGACAAUAUUAUGAUGGAGUUCCUGCAGAAUAUUACCUAUCAAUUGAGAUUUCAUUGGAAGAUGCUGGAAGAUGCUGUUUUAUAUCAUCAUUUGAAUGCACCGUGUCCUGAUGGAUGCUCUUGUUGCUUCAACCGCAGCAGAGAUCACUUUACGAUCGACUGUACGCAUGCCGAUAUGCAAUUCUAUCCUGAACUUCCGCAUUCCAUACCCUACAAUGUCAGCCUGCAUCUCGAUACGAAUAAAAUUCAGAGAAUUAUACAUUCAUUGGGGCACGCUUCCCUGAGAAAACUGUAUUUGUUUGAGAACCAAAUAGUGGACUUUCCAUUCCACUUGAUUCCCAAGAACAUCACAAAUUUGGAUCUACGAAAAAAAAAGCUGGAGGCUCUCGAUGAUCAGGUGGUCGAUUUCUUCAGAGACCGUGGGGGAAGCACCAAGCGGAAGAUCGAACUAUCGGGGAAUCCCUGGACAUGCGAAUGCAGGGCAAAGUCCUUCCUUUCAUUUCUGAGGCAGAAGGAACCGCUGGAGUAUAUCGCCGCCCUGGAUCGUUGUAAUAUCUUCCCUUCAGGAACGUGUCCGGAGGCCUGCAUCUGCUGUUUGGAUAACUCUACAGUGCCUUCAUUGAUUAUCGAUUGCAAAUCCAAAGGACUCAAGGUAAUACCUCCAUUACCCACGCUGACAUCUGGACAAUCGACCCUUCACUUCGAACGGAAUUAUCUCGAAUCAUUGCCAUCCAAUUCUCUGCCCGGAUAUGCAAAGUUGGGACAUCUAUACCUGGCCAACAAUCGGCUAACCGAGAUCGACCAACUUCCUGAGAACAUAAUAACUCUCGACAUAAGAAACAAUAGCAUUUCGGUGCUGAACAAGCAGAUGCGGGACUUCUUCGACAAGAGAAUAGCCGCCUUCCCCCAUAUGAAGCUAUUACUCCUUGGGAAUCCUUGGACUUGCACUUGCGAGGAGAAAGACUUCCUGCAAUUUGUGAAGAGUCGUUCGCGGUAUAUUGAAAAUCUUACCGACCUAUACUGCGGUGGCACUGCGAAGCUCCUGAUCGAGACGGAUGAGAGCGAGUUAUGCCCUUCAGGCUUGGUGCAAUAUGUGACUCUCACCAUUUCCUUCAUGAUCAUAAUCUCAACUAUAAACUUGAUUGUUUACUUCAAGCAGCCACUCCUGAUCUGGUUCUACGAGCACAAUGUAUGUAUGAGCCUCGCCGCCCAGCGGGAGUUCGAAAAACAGAAGAAGUUCGAUGCGUUUCUAUCAUUCACCCACAAGGACGAGGAGCUCAUCGAAGAGUUCGUGGAGAGACUGGAGAAUGGCGCGUACAAGUUCCGACUCUGCUUCUAUCUGCGCGACUGGCUCGUGGGGGUGCCCAUUCCCGAGUGCAUCAGCCAAUCUGUGAAGGACUCGAAGCGCGUCAUCAUCCUGAUGACGAACCACUUCCUGAAGUCGACUUGGGGGCGACUGGAGUUCCGCCUCGCUCUGCAUGCCACCUCCCAGGACCGAUGCAAGCGCCUCAUUGUGGUCCUCUACCCCGAAGUGGAGAACUUUGAUGAUCUCGACAGCGAACUGCGCUCCUACAUGGUGCUGAACACGUAUCUCAAGCGAGAUGACCCCAAUUUCUGGAACAAGCUAGUAUAUUCUAUGCCUCAUAUCAAUGUGCAACAAGAACCCGAUCCAGAGGCAAUAGACCUGUCUGUCAUUAAUCGCAAUGCUUAAAAAUAUCUUAAGCUAUCCAGAUAAUUAUC